CACUCCAAAUGGACCCCCAUAUUAAAUCCCAAAUUCAAUCUCUUUCUCUCUCUAAAGCCACCUUUUUCCUCUCUCUAAAAAGCCCUGACAUACACACUCUCUCUCUAACCCCACAUGCGUUAUAGACAUAAUAGUUAUAUAAGGGGAGGAGCCUUCGAGGAAAGCAGGCUCAGUGUUGGAGAUGGAUUGCCUUGGCGAGUGGCCGGAGCCGGUGAGAAGGGUCCAGGCCAUAGCGGAGAGCGGCUCGCCCGUCAUACCCGAGCGCUACAUAAAGCCCCUGUCCGAAAGGCCCGGGUUGGAGCCGGCGGGCUCGGAGUUGGGCUCGGUGCCGGUCAUAGACCUGGGCGCGCUGCGCGACGGCGAGGUGGGGUUGAAGGUGGGCGAGGCGUGCAGAGAGUGGGGGUUCUUUGAAGCUGUGAACCAUGGGGUGCCGAAUGAAGUGAUUGAGAGGAUGAGAGAGGUUUGGCGUGGGUUCUUUGCGCUGCCUUUGCAUUUGAAACAGGAGUAUGCUAAUAAUCCUAAGACGUAUGAGGGGUAUGGGAGCAGGCUUGGAGUUGAGAAAGGGGCGCUUUUGGAUUGGGGGGAUUACUACUUUUUGAAUUUGUUGCCUCCUGCUUUGAACGAUCCCAUGAAGUGGCCUGCUUUGCCCGCUAAUUGCAGAGAGACGAUUCAAGAGUACAGUGAACAUGUCCUGCGUCUAUGCAAGGCGCUUCUCAAGGCCAUGUCUUUGGGUCUAGGGUUGAGAGAAUAUUAUUUACAGGAGGCAUUCGGAGGUGAUGACGUCGGGUCUUGCAUGAGGAUCAAUUUUUACCCCAAGUGCCCUCAGCCCGAGCUCACGCUCGGCCUCUCGUCGCACUCCGACCCUGGCGGGCUCACUGUGCUGCUGCCGGAUGAGCGAGUCAAGGGCCUCCAGGUUCGCCAUCGGGACUCCUGGGUCACUGUUUCGCCUGGUCCUCACUCCUUCAUUAUCAACAUCGGUGAUCAGAUUCAGGUAAUGACGAACGCGGGAUACAAGAGUGUGGAACACAGGGUGAUGGCUAACUCGGUACUAGAAAGACUCUCGGUGGCUUUUUUUUACAACCCAAAGAGUGAUCUACUAAUAGGGCCCGCACCAGAUCUGGUUGCACCCGACUCGCCCGCCUUGUAUAGCCCCAUGACUUUCGACCAAUACAGGCUUUUCAUACGCCAAAGGGGCCCACGCGGCAAAUCACAAGUCCAAUCCUUGGAGUCCAAGUCCCCUGCAUCUUCCCCUCGCACCCCACCAAACAAAUUGUUCAGUUAAUGUAGAUAGAGAGAGAGAGAGAGAGAUUAUCCCCAUUAUGAGAGAGAGUGAAGAGAGGGGGAGAGAGAGAUAGAGAGAGUUGAUUUUUACGAGGGACAAAUACAUAUGCGUGGGAUGUUCCUCAUACUAAUCAAGUGUCUCUUGAUUAAUAACUUAGGUCAAUUUUAGUAAUAAAUAUAUGUUUUCAAUUAUGCACAAGUUGUAAAUGAAGAUUGAGAUUGAAAGGCAAUAAAUUCAUAAUUUAUACA